CCCGCCCCCUCCCGGGACACGGCUCUGGCUGUGUACUCAGUGCCUGGUGGUGAGGCUGGCUGCAAGUUGCCGCGAGUCAGGAUGAGAUCCCCGACCUCAUGUACAGCGCUGGGCUUACUGCUGGCGCUGCUCUGCCCCGGUGCGGUCUGGUCACGUAUAGUUCGUGUUCCCACUGGUCCGCUUUUCCGGGUUGCAGGCACAGAAGUCUCCAUCCCCUGUAAUGUUAGUGAUUAUGAGGGUCCCCGUGAGCAGAACUUUGAAUGGAAAUUUUCCAACACUGGGAAUACUCCUCUGGAAGUGCUUAGCACCUGGGACCCCGGAUUCUCAAACUCAUUGUAUAAAAGUAGAGUGAGAUCCAAUGAUAUCCAGUUACUGAGGGUCAGCAGCAGCGCAGUGAUGCUACGUAUCAAGCAGGUGACGCCAUCUGACGAAGGAGCGUACAUCUGCUCUACGCCCAGCACAGAUGCGACCUACAGUGGGAAUUAUGAAGACAGCGUUGUCCUGAAAGUGCUUCCAGAUACAUUAAAGCUCAACGGGAAGAGAGGACGUCAGGCAAGGGUCCAUAAUGUGACUGAGGGAAGCUCCUUCCAGCUACAGUGCCAGGCUUCUUCUCAGGACUCUUCACAGCACACACAUCUGUCCCUCAGCUGGGAGCACCAGACUGCAGGAUCAUCACCCAGGGAAGUUGUGUCCCUCACCCAGCUUGGGCGUCUGCAUCCUGGCCCUGGGUACGAGGAGCGGUAUAGCAGUGGGGAGGUGCGACUAGAUACCGUUGGAGCAGAUGGAUUCCGGCUGACUUUGAACAAUGUCCUCUUCUCUGAUGAAGGGGAAUAUUCCUGUGUGGCCAGGACUUGGGUUCAAGGCCCUGAGGGGUGGGAAAGCAUCCAGGAGAAGCGUGUGGAUGUUUCCCGUGUUGAUGUCCGGCCCAUUGGUUUGAGUGUUGCUAUCCCUGUAAAAUCGGAGGCUGUGUGGUCUGGGGACCCUAUGCGACUGUCCUGCAUUGUAUCCCAUGAUUCAGAUGGACCUGUGGUGGUGAAGGUGAACUGGUUUUAUUCUCCUGACCUGUCGUCUUCCCCUGAGGAGACCCGCGAGCUGAGGCCUGGGCACGAUCCAGAACCUGCGCAUCAGGGGUCAGGAACGCACACUCUGGAGUUGGCACAUACAUGGGACUCAGGAGAUUACUCUUGCAAGGCCACCGUGUGGGCUGCACACAGCAAUGGGACGUGGUAUGUCUCUGCAGAAAAGAUGUCCAUCCCUGCCAGAAUUGUCGUCAUGUCGUCUGUGCCAGAAUUUGAGGUGUCUAUGAAUGCCUCCCUCAUACCUCAGUUUUCUCAGGAGCCUACUGAACUUGAGUGUCAUGUGAUCGGUUCUGCUGAUGCCCGUCUGUCAGUCUCCUGGUAUUACACUCCUUCCUUACCGGGAGACGUUCCAGCUGUCCACUCUCAGCUUCUGGGCUCCCUGGACCAAGACUGGAUUCUGCAGGCUGGGGAAGCUUAUAAGCAGCAACUAGCGAAUGGGGACAUAAUCUUCUUACGAAAGGACCCCCAUACUUUUGUUCUUCUUAUCCGAUGGACAUUGGAGAAAGACAGAGGUAACUACCAUUGCGUGGUGACAUCCUGGCAGCAGCAGAGAAAUGACAGCUGGGUACAGAGCAGAGAGGUUACAUCAAGGCCCGUCAUGGUCUUCUGGGAGGCAGAAGAUCCUGUCCUCACAGUUGGUGCUAAACUGACCAGGCUGGUGUCGGCAGCAGGUGGGACGUUUGAGAUGAGAUGUGGUGCAACUGCUAGACAUAUCCCUUCACCAAAGUACUCAGUGCAGGUGACGGUGGAUCACACAUCAGGGCCUGUUCUGGUUAUCUCACUGAGUCAUGAUGGAGUAAUAUUUAGGGAGAUGGGCAGCAGAGCGGACACAAUGCUGGAGAAGGAAGAAGAGGGGCUCUAUCUCUUUAGAUUGUACCGGGCGCAGAUGCAGGAUGUCGGAGCCUACCGCUGUGCUAUUGCUGCCUGGACGCAAGGAGGGGGAGGAGUCUGGAGGGAAGUCCAAAGGCAGAUUUCCAAUCCUGUGCAGCUGGGAUUCCAAAGCUCAGGUUUGCUGUUUAAUAUCACCGCUAUGUCUGACAGUCCGUCUGUUUCCCGCAGAGAGAGAGCUGAAUUCUGGUGCAUUAUUAGUUUUCAUGGACUGGCUGCUGAACCAGAAGACCUGGGGUUUGAGGUUUCCUGGUUUGCACAGCGCCCAGGUGAGUCACCAGUGCUGCUGGCAGCAGUGAAUCGAGCAGCUCAAGUCCGUCAGACUCGCAGGAACAGUAGUAGUGAGGUUGCGCUGGAGCGCAUGAGUGACAUGGAAUACAGGCUGCGUAUAUACAACUGCGAGGAACAGGAUGCUGGUAGCUAUUACUGCGUUGUUACCCCCUGGGUUCGUUCAGGUGAAGGUGGAUGGAAUAGUCAAGAAGGAAUCACCUCCAAUGUUGUGUCACUGAGGGUCAGAAUGGACGUGCUAAGUGCUUUCAAGUAUCCACUAAUUAUCGGAGUUGGUCUCGCUCUGGUGGUCGGCCUUCUCUCUUGUCUGAUUGGAUAUUGCACCUCACACUUUUGUUGUAAGACUCAGCCAAUUAAGGAGACCCGUAGGGAGCACCGCCGUCUCAUGUCAAUGGAAAUGGACUGACAAAUAGUCAAUAGCCCGGAAUACUGAGUCACUAAGUGGGCUGCUAGUGACACAAAGCCAUAGGGGCAAAUGGUUAUGAGAUUGAUCUAAAGCCUCCAUCACUCAGAACCUUAUGCAUAAUAAACUGAGGCUCUGGGCCCAUGUAGGACGAACAUGAGUUGACCCUGAUUUCCGAUUGUGGAUCCAAAAGAAGUAACUGUUGACCCAUAGUGCAAUGGACACAUAAAGGACAAUAAACCUGUGGAGAACAACUAAGCCCUAGGACAGAUGAGGAGGUUGAGAGCCUCUACUGAGGUUACAUGGGAACUCUUUAAAUGAAGAAUAUUAGUUCUUCAGCUGCCAAAUGUGGAAUUAUGAACAAGACCGUCUAGGCCACCCAAGGGUUAAUAUUUGUGAGGGUGCUUGUGUAAAAAGGCACCAGUUUAAGCCCCAGUGUCUGACAUUGCAGUACGGACAACAUCCAACAGAUGCCAUUGGAACCAAAAGAGAGUUUGAUCCACUGCGUUAUCCAUGCCUUGUGUGCAUUGCAAUCAUUUGUGCAGGUUAUGAAGGAAGCUCUGUAUGUUGUGAUGAAAUCUGUACAAAGCCAAGUGUUCAGUGCCAAGUUACUGAUCAUACGUGACAGCCAUAUAUACUGUAUGCCUCAGUAUAGCCCGACGUGUACUUCAUAUAGCGGUCUUUACUGCUCAUCUGGUGCCACAAUACAGGCCAAAGGGGAAAGACAAUGUAAACCUCAGUCUGUAUAUAGUUCUAUCAACAAUCCGCUCACUAAUACCUAGCUGAAUUUAUGGUUCGGCUUAUUUGUGCACUAUUCUCCAGACGAGCAGAGAGACGCGGGUCUUCUCGCAUGGUACUGCUUAUUUAAAUGACAAGCACAUGUUUUGGAUUAUUUUUUAAAGUAUUUUUUUAUAUAAUCGUAAAAUGUUUCUUUUUUUGUUUGUUUUGUUGGGUUUUUUUUUAUUGAUACCGGUACAGAAAUUCAAUGCUGCAGAAUUUUGCCGUAAAACAAAAAGGUUUAGCAGCUUUUCGUCCUUUCCAGCAAUGCAGAGGUUAAUUGGAGACUUGAGUAUAUGUAUUUUAUAGUGAUUGUUUCUGAAAGAUACAAGUUUUUAUACUGCGGUUUGUAUGUCCUGUUUUCCGCCUCUGCCUGCGGCUUCUCGAGCAAUAAACAAAAUAAAGACCUUCUUUUAUUUUUUGA